AUGAAUUUAGUAAAUAGAUUAUCCACAGUAGGAUCUUUAUUAAAAAAGACUACUAAUUCAACCACAACCACAACUACAACAACAACUUCUUUCAAUUUAUUAACAAAUAAAGCAAUUAAUAAUAAUAAUAUGUUUCAAAAUAAAAAAUUAGCAACACCAUCAAAAGUUAAUAAUAAUAAUAAUAAUAUUACCAAACCAUCAACAACUACAACCACACCAAUGUCACAAUGCGCGCAAGCAUUAAUUGGUAAUAAAUUUUAUACAACUAAACCAGAUUAUAAAGCAGAUAAACCAUUCUUGGGUCCACCAGGUAAACUAAAUGAAGUUGUAAAGAUUGAAUUAAUGGAAAAAGAAGAUGUUGCCACAAUCAAAGAUAUUUGGUUACAAUAUCAUUUAAAAAAAGAUUGCCUUUGUGCUGUAAUUCCAAAAGAUAUUUAUAAAAAAUUAAUUGAAAGAUCAAAAGCAUGUCCAAUCUUUAUUUUCCCACUUCCAGGUGAUAAAGGUUUUAUUUCAAUGUUAUAUCAAAAUCAAGGUGAUCAUUUUGUUUUCACCUAUUUAGAACAAUAUAAAAAACAUACAGUCAAUGCUGUACCAUGGAUGGUCGCUUCACACUAUAUCGAUUUUAUUGAUUCUAAAGAAAUCGUUUUAAUGAGAGCUGAACCAAAUUUAGAAGUUUUAAAUAAUAUACAAGCUCAAUAUCUUUAUAACCAACUUCAAACUUAUCUCUUGGAUGAUAAUAAAUAUAAAAUUAUGCAAACAUUUACUAAUCGUCCAAAUGAAUUCGAUUUCAAUGAUGUCAUAAAGAAUAUGGAUUCUAUGUCACUUUUGGAUGAUAAACAAUCUAAAUUAAUUUCAAAUGUUAUUGAAUUUGAAGAAAAAGAAGCUGAAUUAGUUGAUAAAUAA